AUGGUGUCUCGGUCGCACGCCUUUGUCUUCGCCACUGCUGCAUCUUUCAUUCUACUUGCAAAGGCACAACAGACCUCUGGCACUCCCCCAAGCAGCUGGCCUCAAGUGUACCCGGGAAUGCCGAAUGGUAGCUACAAUACGGAGUGGCAGGACUACUUCCAAGUGACCGAGAAUCUUCCAAAUGUUACAUGGUCCCUCCCUCGUAAUUGGGCAGGGAACAUUCCUGUUCAGAGAGAGGGUCAUCCUAACAAUACCUUGUUUUUCUGGGCAUUUGAGAGCGAAGAGGGUUCUUUCACUUCUGAUUCGACUGACGCACCAUGGGGUAUUUGGCUAAAUGGAGGACCCGGCUCAUCAAGUCUUGUUGGCUUAUUGUUUGAGAAUGGCCCAAUCAAUGUACAAAACGACUAUUCGUUAUUGGAAAACCACUAUGCAUGGAACACAGUGGCAGACUACGUCUGGAUAGACCAGCCAGUCGGCGUUGGGUUUGGAACUGCUGAUUCCACUGGUUAUAUUUUUGACGAAGAUCAAAUGGCGGCGGACUUCUUUGGGUUCUUGGAGAAUCUUGUCAAGGUCUUCCCCGGCUUGGCUAAGCGCCCAUUACACCUAACGGGUGAAAGCUAUGCUGGCAUGUAUAUAGCAAGUCCUUACAUAACGAAAGCUUACUUCGAGAUGGAGAAUCCGCCAGUUAUAUUGGCUAAGAUCGCUAUCGGAGAUGGCUCUAUUGCCUCUGGAGAAACAUUUGAACUCCUCCCGGUGCUUAGCGUCAUCGAGACAUAUCCGCAGGUGAUCGGGUAUGACACCGAUGUCUUUGAGUACUUCCGCGAACAAGAAGCGCUUUGUGGCUAUGAUCUUACCCUUGAAUAUCCCCAAAACGGACACUUCCCAACGCUGAAUUACACUCCUGGAGCCAACCCAUCUAGUAUGUCUGCAUCGAGGCGAUACAGAGCCCGACAAGGUCAAUUCUCCAAGAAGCUGUUUUUGGCCGAAAUGGAACAGAAGUACAAUGCACGUCUGGCAAAGCGGACCACUAGUCUGUCCAAACAUGAGCGCCUGCGUGCGCGGGAUGCUUGGAAACGUGAUUUAGCAGGCCGUGCAAAUGGCACCAUCGACGCAUGGUAUGGGUGCGAUGUUUACGAUGAGAUAUUGGAUUAUGCCAUCAACUUCACCUUCCCGUGGUCACUCAGUAAGGACUCUGGAGGGAUGUUCGACGUAUAUAAUAUUCCAGAUGCCCUAAACCCUGAGGCACCUAUGGAUGGGUCAGUUUUUUUGAACAACCCACAAACUCGCGCUGCUAUUCAUGCACCGACGAGCAUGGAUUGGGCAGAAUCCAUCUACUACCCAUUCGGCAACAACUUGGCCACGAAUGCCACAGCCCACAACGUCUCUGUUGUCAUAUUCUCCGGAAAUGAUGACUCCCUCAUUCCUCACCUUGGUUCACAAAUUACUAUCCAAAACACUACUUUUGGCGGGAUUCAAGGUUUCACGCGCAGACCAUCGACACCAUGGUAUGAUGACAAUGGCGAUUUUGCUGGUAUUGUGCAUCAGGAACGCAACUGGACUUAUGUCCUUGUUGACCACGCAGGCCACCUCGUGGGGUACACAAAUCCCCAAUCAGGUUUUGUCUUUAUCAGGGAGUUCGUCUUUGGAAACAACCAGACUGGGCUGGUCACCAACACUUCCUCGGGAUCUGCGACUGUCAUAGGUGGCGAGGUCUCUUCCCUGGCAAAUGAGAUUAUGACAGGACAGGCUGCCAUCUACUACGGCUCAGCGACUACCGAAUCCACAUAUUACUUCCCCACCGCCACAGUGCAGGCAUGGAAUGCAUAUAUUGCAACCGCUACCGGCACGCCUCUAUGA